UAUAGUCGGCAAGUGCUACAGCUGCAGCUACUAUCUCAGUAGUGUAGCAGAGAGCGACCACGAGAUCCGGGAGAUCUAUCGCUCGCGCCGUAUUCGCGCGACGUCUUAUUUUCUUCUGUGAAAAUCCCCUUCUCACUUGCGAGAGGCUCUCUUCAUUCUGCUCACCUAGUGCAUCUCGUGAUUGAUCGAUCGAUUGAUUAGGUGCUUGUUGUCGUGGUGGUUGUUGUUGUUGUUGUUAUUGGUGGUGGUGAAUUAACUGGACCGAGUUUAGAGUAUGACGAGAAGGCACACGGUGAUCGUGAAGCUCAAGAGACCCGGCACAGGCAGGCCUUGGGGUAUAAGAAUCGCUGGAGGAGCUGAUCUGGACACACCGAUCAUUGUCACCCGCUCGGAGAACGAAGCGCUCCAGAGGGGUGAUGUGAUCAAGAAAAUCGACGAUUAUGACACGCGCGACAUGAGGCAUGUAGAUGCACAGAACCUUCUCCAAAACUCCGAAACCAUAAAGCUAGUCGUCGAAAGGUCUGAGUCGUCGAGAGCCACGACAUCAUCACGUAUUACCACCGACACUACUAUCACCGUGUCACCUCUACCAUCCACAGUUUUCAAGUCCAGAUUUGGCGACGGGGCUGCGGUCACUAGUCUGUACAAACAGCAAAAGGAGUAUCCUCAAGAAUUACCGAAGAGCCCGAUACCACCGCCUUCAGUCGAAGAAUACAUACCGAUACCGAGCCCCGAAUGCAGUCUUCGUAGCACGAUCGUUUUGCCACAUGAUCAUCGUGAUGAGAUCCGCGAAGAGAGAGUUCAUUUGUCGCAGCCCUACCGUACGACUCCUUUGGUCUUGCCAGGUGCUAAGGUCAAGAAGGAUGCCCCUCUCGGCGAAUGCUAUCUGCGACAUCAUCCGAAUCCGAUGAUCAGGGCGGCACCCCAUCAUUACGAGCCGGCUCACCCUGAAGUCGCUAUGAAGCAAAAGGUGGCGGAAACGGUACUUCAGCGUGUCUUGGGACCUAAUGAAGUUCCAAAGGUUGUCCAUAAGCAAUUCAACUCGCCGAUUGGUCUCUAUUCGGAACAAAACAUCGCGGACACCAUCAAAUGUCAAGCAUCUGCCGUCCCCUUGAAGAAGCCGGUGAAGUACGACCCGAGUAAGAGCGAGGCGUACAAGGCCCUGCAAGAAGAGCAACUCGGGGACCAGGUGCAGGAGGUCAGGCAACCGGUCCGCACCGCUGUCUUUUCGCCGCAAAAAUCGAACAAGAUAUACCAUACUCCACCGAAAAGUCCUGCAUACAUAAACGUGCUCGACGACGAAGGCGAGAAGAUCCAUCAGAGUAAUAGUUUCAAGAGGAUCAUGUACAGUGUGCUGGGACAGACCGAUUACUAAAAGCCGAACUGACGCUAUAAAUAUAUCAUCAUUUAUUUAUGUUAAAUAAAUCUAUAUUUUAUUUAUUGUACUACGCAAUAAACGAAUUACGCAUGAGAACGAAUGUCGAACAGAAUCUCUUUUAACUGAGAUUAGCUAUUGGAUUUUUAAAGAAGCAAGUUUAUAUUAAGUGCAUAUAGAAAGUAAAGAGUCUACGGAAAGUCUGCGUUAAUUAACGAAUUGCAUUCGACAUUCAUUGCUUGACAGGAUAAAACAAUGCCAUGUAUUUUUAAGCGUAGUAAUUAUAAAUAUAUAGUUAUUUUAAAACGCAUCAUUGUUAGAGUACGCGGGGCUUGCAAUCAUAUAUAUUUUACUCAAGAUUAAUAUUUUUUGCUAGCCUGCACUAAGAUAGCUUAUUCUCUUCUCGCCGCAUCUCGAUGUAUCUAUUUUUUGACGAUCUAUUUACACACUGUAUUAUACUUUUAACGUUAUGCACAAUGAAAAAUUAAUUUUCACAAAAUA